CGGCUCCCAAUAAACCCACCACUCCCAUUCAUCUCCAUCCCUCCAACCCAGCUCCACCCUCUUCCUCCCUCCCUCGCUCCUUCUCCUCUCUGCGGAUCUUACCGGGCAGCUUCGUGAGUUAAAAAAAAAAAAAACCUGCUUCGUUGAAUUGGGGUUUGUGCGCCAGGGAGGAAAAAAAGUCCCGUUAUUUUUACCAGGAUAUCUUUGUUUUUGUUCUUCUUUUCAAAAGAGUUUGUGUCAUCUGUUUAAACCAAUUUUUCUACCAGAAAGUUUCCUCUAUGAGCUUCCAGUCCGUCCCCAGUAGCACUUGAUCCCGGUGGGAAGCUGAAGAGGAGAAAAAAAAUGACGAUUCACGUCGAGGGUCUCGUGGCCAUCGUCCUCUUCUAUGUCCUGAUUCUGUUCGUGGGGAUCUGGGCCGCGUGGAAGAACAAGAACUCUGGAGUCGGUGAAAGCGGAGACCGCAGCGAGAGUAUUAUGGUCGGGGGCAGAGACAUUGGGCUGUUCGUGGGGGGAUUCACGAUGACCGCCACCUGGGUGGGUGGGGGAUAUAUAAAUGGAACAGCAGAGUAUGUCUACCUGCCAGACUACGGCCUGGCCUGGGCUCAGGCACCCUUUGGUUACGCUCUCAGCUUGGUAUUAGGUGGGCUUUUCUUUGCUAAACCAAUGCGAUCACGUGGCUACGUCACGAUGCUGGACCCUUUCCAGCAGCUCUAUGGAAAACGGAUGGGGGGACUGCUUUUCAUUCCUGCCCUCAUGGGAGAAAUCUUCUGGUCUGCUGCCAUCCUGUCUGCCCUGGGUGCCACUCUGAGUGUGAUUGUGGACAUAAACAUCAACAUGUCUGUGGUGAUCUCAGCGCUCAUAGCCAUCUUUUACACGCUCGUUGGAGGACUCUACUCCGUCGCAUACACAGAUGUGGUCCAGCUGUUCUGCAUCUUUUUGGGCUUGUGGAUCAGUGUGCCUUUUGCCCUUUCCAAUCCUGCCGUGUCAGACAUCGGGGUUUCAGCCAAGGAAGCAAUCCAUCAGUCACCCUGGCUGGGCAAGAUCAGGCCUGAAGACAACUGGCUCUGGGCCGACAACUUCUUUCUGCUGAUGUUGGGAGGGAUUCCCUGGCAGGUCUACUUUCAGCGGGUUCUUUCUGCCUCUUCAGCGACCUACGCUCAAGUUCUCUCCUUCCUCGCCGCCUUCGGCUGCCUUGUCAUGGCCGUCCCGUCCGUCCUCAUAGGAGCCAUUGGGGCUUCCACGGACUGGAAUCAAACGACUUAUGGUUCCGUCGCUCCGAAGGACAAGGAUGAGUCUGACAUGAUCCUUCCCAUAGUGCUUCAGCACCUCUGCCCGCCCUACAUCUCCUUCUUCGGACUGGGAGCGGUGUCGGCAGCGGUGAUGUCAUCAGCAGACUCAUCCAUACUGUCAGCCAGCUCCAUGUUUGCCAGGAACAUUUAUCAACAAGCCUUUCGGCAGAUGGCUUCGGAUUCUGAGAUCGUUUGGGUGAUGCGCAUCACCAUCUUUGUGUUUGGAGCUCUCGCCACAGCUAUGGCGCUUUUAACUGGAUCUGUAUAUGGCCUUUGGUAUUUAAGCUCCGACCUUGUCUACGUCAUCAUCUUCCCCCAACUUCUCAGUGUGUUGUUCGUCAAAGGUACCAACACAUACGGCUCCGUGGCAGCGUAUAUCUUUGGACUCUUGCUGCGCAUUGGUGGAGGGGAGCCUUACCUAAAACUGCCUCCGUUCAUCUAUUACCCCGGAUGGGUGACGGUGGAGAAGGUUCACCACAUCAGCGGAGACAUAGAGUACUUCGUCCAGCAGCGGUUCCCCUUCAAGUCUGUGUCCAUGGUGGCGUCUUUCCUAGCAAACGUGGUCUUCUCCUACCUGACAAAGUACUUAUUCGAAAGCGGCAUGCUGUCUCACAAGUACGACUUCCUGGACGCGGUCGUGUCCAAGCAUAGCAAAGAGAUCAUGGACAAGGCCACGCUGGUAAGCAAUCACGAUAACAUUAUUCUUUCAGAGAUGGCUCCGGUCAGGCAAGCCCUCGGUGCUACGCUUGCUGGGACCUUCACCAACACCGAGGCCCUGAGCGACGAUGGCGAGUCGAGUCCGGAGUCCUAUCACAGCGAGAACUAGACGGCAAAACGCACAAAGAAAACUUGAACCGAGGAAUGUGAAAGGGGAAGAGAGAAUCAGUUGGCGUCCUUCAGGAAACUUGUUACUGCCACACUGUGAGCCAGAUCAGCAGAAACGCUCUGCGGCUUCCAAGUGACUCCACAAGUUAUGUCGGCGAAUCGGUGCCUCCUCCGUUUGUUCCUAUUUCCUCUCUAGAAUCUCAUCUCUGACUCUAUAUUGUACAAAGCUCACAAUUGUUUUAGUUUUUCUGACCAUGGCUCUGUGAAUUUACAACUGUUUUAGUUUAACUGCUGCUACUGUGGUGGAGCGAUAAAGGGAAAUUGUUUUUCAAGGUUGCUGGUCUUGAAAAAUGUACAUUAGAACUAAGAAGCAGCAUUAAUGUCUGGUUGUCUUAGCUCAGGUUACAUGUGUUGAUGCACAUACAGUGCCUUGCAAAAUUAGUAAUUCCCCUUAAACUUUUGUUAAAUAUCAGUGUAUCUUGUUAGGAGUUUAUAUGAUAGACUCACAUAAAGUUGGAUCUUUAGCUGUUGCAGCUGCACGUCGUUCAGGGUAAUUUUUGGCAUUAUUCUUUGCUAAAUCACUGGUUCUGCCCAGAUUAAAUAGAGAGCAUCUGUAAACAUCAGGUUUUUUUUAUUUGACCUGCAGAUUUAGGUCUGGACUUUGGUUGUGCCAUUUGAACACAUGAAUAUAUUUUAUCUGCAUUCAGUCUACCAUGCUUUACUUUUAAUAAUCCAUUUUUUUUUCUUGCCACUCACGUUGACAGAAUUACGACGGAGUAUGAAAGCCACGCUAAGAAAAUUACGACAAUAAAAUUGUACAGGAAGAAAAGCAUAAUAUUAUGAGAAUAAAGUCUUAAUGUUACUGCUUUUUUCCUUCAAUGCUAUGAUUUUCUUUUCGAAAUACUAUGACUUUAUUCUGGUGAUAGGAAGUUAUUCUCAUAUUACUUCAACUUUAUUCUCAUAAUUGUAUGUCUUUAUUCUCGUACAAUUAUUUUUGUAUUUUUUCUUAUUAAGGCUCUCAUACUUUGUCGUACAGAAUAGAUGGAUUUAUAAUGGAAUAAUAUUACACAAAAGUGGACUACUUACUCAUUUGGUAACUUUUAAUGACAUUGGGUUGCACUUGAUUUUAUUUAGGGGUGUCAGAAUACAAAUGCGUACCAGGCAUUUCAGAUUUGUAUUUAUACAAAAUAAAUUAAAAACCACAUAUCAUUUCCCUUCUUUUCAUAAUUAUGCACUACAUUUUGGUCUAUCAUAUUCAAUCCUAAUGAAAUACAACAUGAUUUGUGGUUGGAUCACAUAAAAUGUCAAAGGCUCAAGGGAUAUGAACCGCUCUCCAAGGCACUGUAGGUAUGCCUGUGAACAAAGCAGCUUUAAGUGACUGAUCCAUGAUGGUUUUGUUGAGUAGUGUUAAGUUUGCAUAGAAACUUUAUCAACAGAGCAAUAAUAUUUUAAGAAUCUUAGUUUUAUUUUCAGCCUUUUGCUGCUAAACCACUGAAUAUAUAGAGAUGUGAGCUCAACAGUAGAUGUAUUUAUUGUUUUUAAUCUGGUUUUUAGACUAUCCAACCAUCAGACUGGUGCAAAGUACUAUUAUACCCAUUCAGCUUUUAAGUGUCACAGAAACUAAAUCAUUCCAGUAACUGUGGCGUCUGACGCUAGCUUUGGGCAACACGCUUAGCAUUGAGAUGCUAUUUUCGGCUUGUACCGUUUUAGUAAUUAUCCAACUCCUUUUUGCUUCAAACCAAUAAUUUGUUUUUGUUCUUUUAACAGAGUCCACUAAAUUGUUUUAGAAGGAAAAAUUAAUAGCCAGUGGGCCAAGAACAGCGGAUUUUCUUGUCCAUUGCUGUUAACGGACGACGCUUGUGCGUCAGAUUCAAGGGCGUACCAGAAACACAACACAAAGGUUCCGGCUUGGGACUUGUUAAGAAAACAAAAUGCGAUUAAUUGUAUUAAAAUGUUUUAGCACAUUCAAAUCUAUUUAAUUUAUUAAUCAAAAUUAACACAUUCAAAUCUUGGCUUCAAUAAACUACUGUCAUUCAAAUCUUCAUUUGUUUUAGUGACCCUGUCAGUAUAUAGAUGAAUGGCAUUUCUGUUUUGGAGUCUUUAUUAUGAUCAUGUAUGUUGAUUUUCCCCUAACAGCUAAUGAAAACACAACACUGAAUAUGAGGAUAAAAUUAUCAGAUCAAACAAAAAAUAUGUUUAAUAAAGAAAUGUGGGGUUAAUGAAAGAAAUGUUUAAUUUCUGCUUCUUUUCAAAUGGAACUAAGCUCAUCGGAGCACAAAUGUUCAAAAUUAUUUUAUACAUAAAUUUGAAUAUGUGCUGUUAUGAAGCACACUGUGGAUUACUAAUUAUUCAGCAACAUCCCACUCUGAUUUCUUAUAAAGUUUUAAAUUUGAUCACUGCCAGGUAUAUGACUCUUACUGCAACUUUCCCUUUUUAAGAUAUAGUCAAUUGAUCGAGAUUAAACUUCACAGACAAAUAUCUGAGCAUGUUGGAGACAACUCUGCUGACUACACCAAACUCCUAAGUUUUGUCUUUUUACAUGUUUAUGGAAAACAUGUCAGGAUAAGGUUCACUUGCACUUGCUUACUUGUUUUUUUCUUUUAAGCAUACUCUUGAGUCUAUGGUUAAUAUGUGGUUAUUUAACUGAACAAAUUUUCAAUGUAAAAGGAGGUUGAAUUGAGGAAAAUGUUAAAUAUUGAUCACUGCAGUUUUAACAUGUUCAGAUAUUUUGAAUUUCAUCACUCUGGCAUAGAAAUAUCUGCUGAUCGAACAUAAAUCAUUGUCCUAGCUGGUAAAAGAAAAAAGUUCUUGUCUGUCUUGAUAUGUUGCUAUCAAAUCUCUUGGUGUGUGUUGUGGCAGCCGGUCCUGUCGUGUGUUUAUGUUGGUGUCUUGUAAGAUUCUGCUGUGCAAUUGACAUAGGACAGGCCUGCUCAUUUUCCAUUAAAACAGAAUUGAGAUCGAAAAAAGGGGGAGUAAAUUUCUGUAAAAAAAAACCUCAAAAUUUUGGAGAUAAAUGUCAGAAAUUUUCUUUAAAAAAAAUU